UUUUUUUCUUUCUUUUUACAGAUCAUGGGGGUAGAGUUCAUCUUCUUUGUACAGACCAACACACUUGAUAGGAGGAACCGCACUCUUCAUAUUGAAGCUUAUAAUGAGAGCUUCUCCUCGCGAGUCACCAUUCAAGAAAACUGCAAAUACUCUGUACACCCAGAAAAUAGUGAAUGGACUUGCUUCGAACAAACUGCAAGUUUAGAUGUCAAGUCUUUCUUUGGGUUUGAGAGUACAGUUGAAAAAAUUGCCAUGAAGCAGUAUUCCCAAAACAUAUCAAAGGGCAAAGAAAUAAUCGAACACUUCAUUGAAGUGCUACGCAAGGAGAACAUCACGGAAGUCCCCAGAUGGGUGGAGCCGACUACGAAAGCCACGGCUGAGAUCUGUGACGCCGAAGAAGUCAAGAAGGAGGAGGAGAGCAGUGAGGCUGAGAGCAGCUCCGAGGAGUCCGAACUCAGGGAAAGAACCAGCAGCACCCCCUCCACAGGCUCCACUGAGCUCCAUCUCGGGGCCUCCGCUGCCAACAUCCCCAACAUUGAGAAGAUCAACCUCAAUGAAGAUGUUUUCAUGCCCGACACAAAGUUCAUUAAACUGUGUCUGAAUAACGUAGUGACGGAGGAGGUGGAUAAUUGCAGAACAGAUCAGGGUAUCGCUGCCUUUUUUCCUUUUUUUUUCCUCCCCCUCUUUUGUUUCCCAUUUCACUUUUGCACUGCAUUACGGUGGUUGAGAGGAGAAGCGCUGACUUUAGGGCCAUUAUUAUGA